AUGGCCAACAUGGACAAGCUCCACGGCGACGUGGCCCGGCUCAAGAAAAGGGUUGAUCAAAAUCUCGACUCGAAAGCUGUCAGAGAAAGACUAGAUAUCUCCCAUUUUGGGCCCAAUGCGAUCCUGCGCGGAGUCCAGCUCACCCUUGUCGGAGCCCACAGAGCUUUGCAGAAUCCCGCAAUGUUCACGAGCGACCAUUACCGCCAGGCUGCAUUGGCUGUCGUGAUGGGAGUAUUCAUUCGCCUAAUCGUCGCGGUACCGAUCACUGGCAUCAGGGUCCUCCUUUGGGUUGUCUCAAUGUUCUUCCCCCUAGACACGGUCUCAUGGGAUGAUUCUCUCAUCGACGGUCUCAAUUUCAUUGGAGAAUACGUCCUCCAGCUUCCUCUCUUUCUCAUGGCCCUUAUGCGUUAUGUCGUGCCCACGCUGGAUUCCCUAUUUAUGCAGUCACUGCACUGGGUGGACAAAACCUAUGUCCAAAAACACUCCAAUGACAGCCAGGACGAUCUGCGAGAUAUGUAUUAUCCGAACCUCGCGCAGUACAGUCGAGUUGUCGACGACUCCACUGGCCCCGAGAGCGCUGCUCAUGCCCUGUCAGCGUUUUUGUACAGGUUUGCCCGCAAAGGAUGUAUUUCGACCGCCAUCUUUGCCCUUUCUUACCUUCCAGUGGUCGGCAAACUGGUGCUUCCUGUUGCUAGCUUCUACACCUUCAACAAGGCCGCUGGCCUAGGGCUAGCUGGCAUCAUAUUCGGAACGGGCAUCUUCCUACCCCGGAGAUGCCUCGUCGUAUUUUUGCAGACUUAUUUUGCAUCCCGAAGCCUGACGCGCGAGCUUCUGGAGCCGUACUUUGUUCGCGUUCGUUUCACGAAGACAGAGAAGCGGAACUGGUUCAGGAGCCGCGAGGGUGUUUUGUUCGGAUUUGGUCUCGGAUUCUAUGCUCUGAUGAAGGUGCCGCUUCUUGGCGUUCUUAUCUACGGCAUCGCUGAAGCUUCCACGGCGUACCUCAUCACCAAGAUCACCGACCCUCCGCCCCCUCCCGCUGAAAGGAGAGAAUACGCUGCAAGUCAGCAGACCUGGAGGAACAGGCACGAAUUUCUCAGCCUCUCCCUGGCAAAUCUCGACAACACCAGGAGCAACGCCCCGACCCCAAACACAGGCUAG